AGUUUAUGAAUUUUCUUCUAAACUAAGAAACCUUCGGUUUAAUUUAAACAUUUAGGGAACUGAGUUUGAGGCCUCAAUUAUCCUCUAAUAUGGGGUACUAGACAUUAGUGAUUGGAUUAUUGUUACCAAAAUUUUGCGCAUAAGCAUUAAACUUACCAAUUAGUUUAGGGUUUCAAACUAGGGUUCAUGGUUACAAAUUUUUAAGAACUUAUUGGCAGCUAUGGGAACCUUGUUUUUGAACCAUAUCAAAAAGCAAGCAUCUAAUUUUCUACAGGAGAAAUACAAAAUUGCUAGGCUGACUUUUACUGAUGUUACUCCAACUGAAUUGUUAGCUGAGGAAGCAACAAAUAAUGAUCCAUAUAGCCCUGAUGCUAAGACAAUGACUAAAAUAGCUGAUGCCUCCUUUGACGUGGAUGACUAUUGGAGAAUUGUCGAUAUUCUGCAUCGGAGGUUAUAUAGCAUAGAUUGGAAAGAGUGGAGGCAAUCCUACAAAGCAUUAAUACUUCUGGAGUUCUUACUAACACAUGGCCCUGAAGAUUUUGCUGAAGAAUUUCAACGUGAUAGUUAUGUCAUCCAAGAGCUUGGAUCGUUUAAAUACAUAGAUAAUAAAGGAUUCAAUUGGGGUGUUAGCAUGCAAAAGAAAUCAGACCAAAUACUUAACUUGCUAGGAGGAGGACAAAUCCUAAGAGAAGCACGUUUAAAAGCUCUCAAAAUAACAAAUGAAAUCCAAGGAUUUGGAAGUGCAACGGCUUCUCCUUCAUCAGCAACUUCUUUCUCUUCAUCGGCCUCCGAAGCCUCAAGAACAUCCUUUGGCUCUUUUUCAACCACAAGUUCUGUAUGGAAUGAUAUCAAUGAGCUAAGUAGGUCAUAUGAGCCAUCUCCCACAAAAUUGGAAGCCAUGGAAAGAUAUUCACCGAGCGGACUGCGCAGCAAUGACUAUGAUAAGGCUUCCAAUUUCCUAGAAACCAAUGAAAAUAGUGAAGGAUCACACCUUUGGGAUUGUCCUCCAAUCGAAGAAAAGGGUUCACUGCUCGAAUCUGGGGAUGAAGGUGAUGCAGAAGAUGAUGAUGAAGAUGAGUUUUAUGAGAAGGCGCCGGAUGGUAAUUUGAUAAGUGGAAUGUUCUCGAAGUUGGUUAACCUUAGCCCUCGUAGAUCUCAUGGUGAGAAAGUUGGCUUUAGGAGUGUGUCUGAUGUGGGAAGGGAGGGGCAGAAAAAGUUUGAUCGCCAAUCUUCAUUUUGUGAGAUAAGAUGGAAGACUGAAGCUUCUGGGGCGGUGGAGGAAUUUCUACAACUGGGAUUUAGAGCAGGAGGAGGCAAUAUCGCGGUGGUGCUUGUCCAUGGCGAAGAAGUUGAGCUUAAUGGUGGCUUUGUGAAAGAGUUUGGCAUUGCCGAAAGUGAUGACGAAUUUGAAGACCUCGGGAUUGAUCUUAGACAUCCCGGUGUGAAUGCUUCGGAAGCUUCUGGGGCAAUGGAGGAAUUUCUAAAACUGGGAUUUGGAGUAGCGGGGAAACAGCUUCGCAGUGGUGCUGGCACUGAAAACAAUUUCCUUGGAUUUAGAAUGCUAGGUGCCGGAAGUGAUGACAGAUUUGAAGACCUCGAGAUUGAUCUUGGACCACCCAGUGUGAAUGCCUCGGAAGCUUCUGGGGUGAGGAAUUUCUGCAACUGGGAUUUGGAGGAGGGAGAUGCCGCGUAG